AAAUAUACGGGAGCACGGGAGGUCAGUGGACGUCACGCAGUUGGGUGAUAAAUUGGUGCGAGAUUUUUUUUAUUUUUCCAUUUCACCGAUUUCGUGGUGAAACAAGAGACAAAAUAGUGAAAAUUGAAAAAAAAAAAUCAACGAGGAUUUGGUUCGAAGUUUUUUUUAUGGUUACACGGAAUACGCUCGAGUGUUUUCGCUAAAUAGUCGAGGGCAAAUAAAACGUUAAGAAGAACGUUGCAGAAUUGCCGGGAGGCUCUCCUCGCGCGAGCCUCUGUGUGUGAUCUCCCAUAUAUAUCUCCCUCGUCCUCCAAUCUCUUUCUCUCUCACUCUUCCUCCCUCUUUCGUUCUUUCUCAUCUUCUCUUCACACUCUUCUUGCCGUGUACUUAUAUCGCCUCCUUGUUUUCCUGAGAAUAAAUCCUCGAAACUUACGCUCACUCCCGCGAAGCUUCUCUCAAGAAAAAAAAACUUAUACUUUUGAUGAAGCUUCCAUUGUUUUUUUUGUCCUUCUUUUUGAAUUGUUGUUCCUAUAUUCUCGAAUUCAAUUCGCGAGAUCCUCGUUCUUCGUAAUCAAUAAAACUCGUGAUUAUUUGUGCGCGUGUAAUUGAGACUAUUCUUGUGAUUCGUGGGACAAGGUUAUGUCAGCUGGAUACUCGACUGUGCUGUGGUGUGUGUCUCUGUCAAAUUAGUCCGAUCGACGUGGACGACAAGCUUACACGUUCAGCAAUAAUCGACGAUAACGCUUGCGACAACGGGCACUCGGACAAACCAAUUUUAUCUCCUUCCCCCCCUCAUAGAACAUCCCAAGUAUAAUCAAUUUUUUUUUUUCACUUCGCGGCUCCGAAGUAGCGGUUUGCCGCAUUGAUAAAAAACAAAAAAAAAACGAAAAAAAGUACGCGCGAUCUAUCGCAUUCGAUAAUUUAGCAAAACCGUAGAAUAUAAAUCAUCCCUACAUUUCCAUGCAACGGAAUGCAGCGGAUGAAAGGACAAGCCAAUAAUCAGGCUAACAAUGGUCCCAAGGAGCAUCAGCAACAGCAGCAGCAACAGCAGCAGCAUCAACAACAACAACAGCAGGCGGAUCACAUUGGGACGGGAGAAGACUCCGGUUAUGAUUCGUGGCGAGGAGGGAACAACGCGCAGCAUCAUUCUAGCUAUCCGAUUGGGACGGGUGACCCGUACAGUCCGUACUAUGCAGGAACGUCAUUUCCGUAUCAAACGUUCGGAGCGGGUGACGGUACUUGGUCGAACGGGACAGACCCCGUAGCUUUUCUGUCAGGUUACAGUGGCCAAAUAGGACACGACGGUUAUAGUAUGGACGGAAUGUUUUCGGCGAGUACGAGCGGUGGUUUUGGCACAGCAUUCGGUCAACCGACAUUCAAUUAUUUCCCGGGUAACGGAGAUUUCAGUGCUUGGAGUACACCGAGGAAGCCACGUUACGAGGACUAUUAUCCGCAGCCACGUGGCAACGAGAAUUACGGUAAUCCGACGAGCGCGGAAAUAAAGGGAAUAGAGCAAAAUGUGCAGGGACUGACGAUCGGCGGAGGUAGUGGUACAGCAGCUGGAAGCGCUGGUGGUGGUACGAUAAGUGCAGGCGGGAAUGGCAACGCGGAUGACGUUGAUAUAACGCGUCAUGAUCCGAGUCGCGUUUCAUCGGUUAUGAAGAUCGAGCCGAAAGAGCCUCGAAAAAUAACGUGGGCGAGUGUAGCGAGUCAACCGGCAAAACCUGUACCGCCUAUAUCGUCGAGCCAGGUGAUGAAGAAGAAAGCUGGUAUGCCACCUCCUCCAAUAGUACCGGGUAAGCAUAACAUGGACAUCGGAACAUGGGGUGAGGGUAAAACCAGUAUCCCACCACCCAAAGCUCCACCACCUCCGCAAAUUCAGCCUCCAGCUCCACCGCCACUUCCUGCUGUUCAGAGGCAAAGGCCACCACCACCACCCAGUUGGACGAGGCACCCGGCAACUUUGUCGCGUCCCUCGCAACCUCAGAUUCAAACCCAUCCUCACGCCCAUCAACAUUCUCAGCAGCAACCGUCGCAACAACAACCGCCUCAGUCGCAGCCGCAACCGCAGCCGCAACAACAGUCGCAAGAACAACAAUCGCAACAGAUUCAUCAACAAGCUUCGCCACCCUCGGCACAACUGGCGCAUCAUCACAGUCAUCUUGCUCCUCAACAAACCCAGCAGCAGCAUCACCAUCAACAUCCUCCUCCACCUCCACUUCCACCACCGCACCACCACCAUCAUCAUCAUCACCAUCACCAUCACCAUGAACAGCAGCAGCAGCAGCAGCAGCAACAACAACAGCAGCAGCAGCAGCAACACCAUCACCACCAUCAUCAGCAACAUCAUCAUCAGCAACAACAGCAAUCUCAUUCCCAACAAACCCAUCAAGCGCAAAUACAGCAACAACCGCAACAGGUCCCACCUUCGUCUGGACAAAUGUCCCAUCAUUCUCCUCAACAGCAGCAGCAGCAACAGCAACCUCAUCAACCACAACAACCGCAAUCACCGGGUCAACAACAAUUAGCUUCGAAUCAAGCUAUUUCUCAUCCUGUGUUGGACGAGCUCAAAGUUAAAAAUGAUUAUAAUCCCACCGACUUUGAUCAAACCGCACCAGGCGCUCGGUUCUUCGUUAUUAAAUCAUAUUCCGAAGAUGAUAUACACAGAUCAAUUAAAUAUGAGAUAUGGUGCAGCACCGAACAUGGUAAUAAAAGAUUGGAUCAAGCUUAUAGGGAUGCCAGCAGGGAUGGAUCGCCCCUUUAUCUUUUCUUCUCCGUAAAUGGUUCUGGACAUUUUUGCGGCAUGGCACAGAUGGUAUCAUCCGUUGAUUAUCAUAGCAACAGCUCCGUAUGGUCGCAGGAUAAAUGGAAAGGACAAUUUCGCGUACGUUGGAUUUACGUCAAAGAUGUGCCCAAUGGUCAAUUGCGUCAUAUCAAACUUGAAAACAAUGAAAAUAAGCCUGUGACUAAUUCACGCGACGCUCAGGAAGUGCCUCACGCAAAGGGAAUUCAUGUAUUACGCAUAUUACACACUUAUCGCCAUUCGACGAGUAUUUUUGAUGAUUUUGGACAUUACGAGAAACGACAGGCCGAGGAAGAUCAACGAAAAGGUCCACCGCCCCAUAUGUUGCAGCAGCAGCAACAGCAGCAGCAGCAGCAGCAACAACAACAACAACAACAACAACAACCGCAGCAACAACAGCCUCAUCAUCAUCCACCGCAGCAGCAACAACAGCAACAACAUUCGCCACCCCAUCACCAUCAACAACAUCAACAACAUCAACAAGGACCGUAUCAACCGCACACGGACCGUCGUCGGAACAGGGGAGGACGUUAUUCCGGCAAUGACAUGCGGGAAAAUAAUAAUCCUCAGCAACAGCAUCCUCAUCCCCAACACCAUCAUAGGGAACCUGAUGGACGCAACAGAGGACGUCCCAGUGCACCACGUCAGUAGCGGAAAAUUGAACGUUGUCGAUGCGAUAAACCCGAGGAAAAUGAAAAAACUGUUCAUAAUUGUAGGAAGAAAGAGGGGACAAGGUGUCGAAGAAGCGGAAAAAGGGAAAAGAAGGUGGAUUGAUUCCGUACCCUCGCGUUGGCUUACUUGGAUAUUUACAGAUUUAAACAAAUGGCUUCUAAUUGCAAUGGACAUAUUUGAAUGAGGACGGAAGGUCGUUAAAGGAAUUUCUGCUACGCGAUACUUCCAACAACGUUAAUCAUGAUUAUUACGCCGAAAUGAUGUACGACACUCUAUCAUUGAGUAUUAUCGAUUAUCUCGUAACGACAUAACAUUAAAUCAAUAGAAGAAAAAAGAGAUGACAGUGAGAGAGCGAGCAAGAGAAAAAAGGGACAAACGAAACGGAAAUGCGAUUUCGAAGAAUUAUCUCCGUAUACGAAAGAACGUGAUAAACGAGAAAACAAAGGACAGUAAAAGAAAUGAGGCAGAGGUUGAGGAUUUAAAAAUAAAAUGCGGCGUGUCCGGUGAUUCCGAAGUUUAAAUCAAUUAUUAAAACGAAAAAAAUGAUAAUUGAAACGAAGAAACUCGACGAAAACGACGAUAAUCAUAUACUCGAUCGCGUAAACUUCAAAGUUCGGUCAUUAUAGUAAGAAUACAAAAAAAAAAGUGCUUGACAAGACUUUUGUUAAAAAGAGGAAACAAACAGAAAAAAGGGAAUGAUUAUUAUUAAAAAAAAAUUGAUGCAAAGGUCUCAUACCUAUUUAAAAGUGUGGUGUGAAUAUCGUCUUGAUCGUAUCGUCUGUUUUCGAUAAAAUAAUGAUAAACUUUGUAGAAAUAUCACAUUGGCAAUGUUAAAUGAAUGAAACGAAUUGAUCGUGUACCAACCUUCCAUGGAGGGUCAAAACGUUUACGGAUGGGGGAUAUUGAAGAAGAGAAAAACGCAUGAAAAAAAUGGUUCGACCGAGUAUUCAGGAGAAAAACAUGUUUGAAUUUUUAGAUUGUGUGUAAUCGUGCUUGCCCUGUGGAACAAAAAAACUUUGGAAGAAUAAUGGUAAAUGGAUAUUAUUUGGAAGUCGAGAAUGAUUAUAUGAAAUUGUGAAGAUUGUUUUUCUUUUUUUCCUGUUGACGAACUUUCUUGCGUACAAGGUAGAAUAUCCUAUUCUACACAUACGACGUGGAUCGGUGGAACGUGAGAACGACGAGGCUCAUGUAUGCGUGUUGAAUAUCUGAAUAUUAACGAUUAUUAUACAGAUUAUCAUGAAAGAUUAAAAAAAGAAAAUCUGAAGAAUGAA